AUGCCUUCAGCCCCUGUCGACGCAAAGGGGACCGUUCUCUACUACGAGGACAGCGGCGCUCCUGCCAACAGUGCGGAAUACGUAACCGUGGUUCUCAUUCACGGAACUUGCUUCCAUGGUGCCACUUUCCGCCCACUCUUUCCUCAUGCUACUGCGUGCAAUCUUCGCCUUGUGUAUGUCAACAUGCGCGGGUAUCCCGGCUCCUCUCCGGUCUCUGAGGCCGACUUCGGGAGCACCAAGGACGAACGAGAGCAAACGCAACGUGAUCGCGGCUUCGAACUUGCUGCAUUCCUGUGCUGGCUCAUUGACACGGAAAAAAUCCCACCUAUCAACGGAGGCGCUGGCGGCAUCUCCCUUCUCUCGUGGUCCGGAGGACACGCGCUCUCGUUCUCCAUGUUCGGGAAUGCUGGGUUGCUACCCGAGAAAACCAGAGAUGUCUUGAACGAGUACUUGCGUAGUUUCAUUAUGUAUGAACCCAGCUCAGCCGCGACAGGUACCACACCUCCUCCCUCUUUCUUUGGUGUCGUAGCCGACCGAACGAAGUCGCCGACAGAUCAAGCCAUCGCCUUCGGGAUCGAGGUAUCCUCCUACUUUGAACCAUGGGACCUCCCCGACACACUCCCGACACUCGCCCCAGAUGCUCCCCCGCGCUGCAGGAUCCAAGACCUGCCGCGCGCCGGUCCCCUCGAGCGCCGCUUCGAGCCGACGGUGAACAAAAUGAGUGCCGAAGAGCUCCGCGACAUGACGCACCCCGCGACCUUCGCCGGCACGCUGCACUUCUCGCACUGGUCGCCCUUAAUCGCCGCGGUCAACGCCGCACACGUCCACCGCGCGCUGUACGACCCGCGCUUCCCCAUCGGUCCGGAGGGCGCGCUGGCGACGGUGUGGGCGCGGGUGCGCGUGCACCUGCUGUAUUGCGACAUGACGAACGGCUCGAUCGCGUGGGCGUGCGCGACGAUACGGUGCGGGCACGCGGGGGCAGAGGAGGGUGUGCGGAGGCCGAUGGAGGUGCACGUAUUCAAUGGGUGCAACCAUUUCCUGCACUGGGAAGAACCAGAAAGGUUCACGGAGAUCCUGGCGAAGAUCGCAUGA